AUGUGUUUAUCGCUCAUCGCUCUUCAGCCAUCGCUCAUCGCCAUCGCUGGUCGCUCAUCAGAAAUCGCUAGUCUCUCAUCGCUCAUCACUCAUUGCCAUCGCUCUUUGCAGUCUCUCAGCCCAACGCCACCGCGACUGCCUCUAUCUCCUCUCAAUCCAAAGCAGACGUGUGUUCUCUAUGCCAGAUAUCAUUCUUAG